GGCUUGGACCCAGGGGUGAGCUCCACCAGUCAGACAACAGUCAAUGGAGUCUGCUAAACUCAUUGGCACAAAUAUUACUAAUAUCUGCUGCGUUGGGUGGGAGGAUCUUCAGGCUGGCAUGGGUCCAGGUCUGACGGCACAGUUCUAUGAUGGUGGAGCUGGAGAAGAGGAUGUCCCAGCUAGAGGAGUGGACGGAGGGGAAAGGUCUCAUCAUCCAGGGGGCUGCUGGGACAUUCUGCUCUGGGGCAGACCUCAACGCUGUCAGGGCUAUAUCCAACCCUCAGGAUGGGAUGAAGAUGUUCAUGCAGAAUAUCCUGACCAGGCUACUGAGGCUGCCUCUGCUCUCCGUAGCUCUGGUGGAGGGGAGAGCGCUGGGAGGAGGGGCCGAGCUCACUACUGCCUGUGACUUUAGGUUGAUGGCGCCAGGCAGUGUGAUCCAGUUUGUCCAUAAACACAUGGGUCUGGUCCCUGGUUGGGGCGGUGCAGCUAGAUUGGUACGCAUCGUAGGCAGCCAGAACGCCCUGAAGAUGCUGGGUAAUGCCCUGAAUGUGGACCCAGAGAUGGGGCUGCAGAUUGGGCUUGCGGAUGGGGUCCUGGAGGAUCCCCUGGCUGGGUCUGGAGCCAGUGCCCUCCUGGAGGCAGAGCAGUGGUUGGGCUGCUACACCAAGGGUCCAGCCCCGGUCAUCAGAGCCAUAAAGAAAGUGGUGGUGUCAGGGAGAGAGCUCCCCCUGGAGGCAGCCCUGAGGACUGAGAGGGAAGUGUUCGGGACAGUGUGGGGAGGACCGGCUAACCUACAGGCUCUGGCCAGCAAGGCCAAACACAAGUGAAUUAAACUUAGUCUUGUGAUUACAUUGUAUUCUCGUCCUAAUGUUCUGGAGAAACCUAGAACGGCUGGAGUCGAAACUGUGAACCAACCCACGCUGAGAAGACUGAACUGGAACAUUAGGAUGCAAUGUAGAGGGUCAGAACUCAACCAGAACACACUUAACUAGUGUAUUCAUUCUGCCGAUUCUGUUGCUAAAGGUCUCUUAAAAACAGAAGCAAACGAAAUCUACCUGAAUUUGUCCAAUAACAACUAUAGUUUUAGUUGGAAACGUUUUGCAACCAUUUGGUGGAAUGAAUACACCCCUGGACUGUGCUCGGAGAGUGACAGUACCUUAUGGGGGAUUUAUAUUGCUGUGUUGAGUGACCACUAACAAUCAAUUCAUUAUUUUAGUGAAGGAAUUGUUAUUGACUGUUGGGACAAUUAUAUGG